AUGGUGAGCUAUUCAACAAUAAGGGUGGGAAAGAAGUAUUCACCCUCAUUUAAGGUAUAUGUAGCACAGAAUGGAAAGAUUGUUUCUCCAUUCCACGACAUUCCCCUAUACAUGUCGGAGAACAAGGAUGUUGUGUCUGUGGUCAAUGAGAUUCCAAGGUUCGAAAAUGGGAAGUUUGAAAUCAAUAAGGAGGAGAGAUUUAAUCCAAUAAAGCAGGAUUCUAAGAACGGAUGGCCAAGGUUUGUAAAGAAUGUCUUUCCUAUGAAGGGAUACUUGUGGAAUUACGGCGCCUUGCCACAAACAUGGGAGAAUCCUCAUGAAGUUGACAAGCAUGUUGGGGCAAAAGGCGACAAUGAUCCCCUGGAUGUGAUUGAGAUAGGAACGAAGAGAAAAGAUAUUGGAGAGGUCUACCAGGCAAAGGUUCUUGGAAGCAUUGCAUUGGUUGAUGAAGAUGAAUGCGAUUGGAAGAUAGUAGUUAUUGAUGUCAAUGACGAGAAGGCUAAAGAGAUUAAUGACAUCGAGGAUGUUCGGAAGGUCUAUGGCGGGUUACUUGAACAGACAAUCACUUGGUUUGAAAACUAUAAGGUUCCCGAUGGAAAACCCAAAAACAGUUUUGCUCUGGAUGGAAAGUACAUGAAUAAGGAGUUCACCGUAAAUAUUAUCAAAAGUGCCUACGAAAAUUGGUGUGGGAUGGUGAAUUCCAAAGGCAAUGAUUCCAUUUGCAAGGAAAACUCUACUCUGAUCGACAAGAUUGAUCCCCCAGCCAUUUCUCAUGAAGAGCUGUCUGACGAAGAGGCUCCUGAGUAUAUUAAUCAAUUUGAGUUCAUUAAAUGA